AUGGAAUCAAGGCAAAACCAGGCCCUCCACCCCGAGGGCUCCGAGUACCGCGGCGCCACCUUCCUGCCGGCGGCGAACGUCCAGUACCCGGAUCAGGUCGACUGGCGCAAGCAGGGGGCCGUCACCGACGUCAAGGACCAAGGCAGGUGCGGUUCCUGCUGGGCAUUUAGCUCGGUGCUGGUGGUGGGCUACGGCACCGAUGAGAAAGGUGGCGACUACUGGCUGGUGAAGAACUCCUGGGGCCUCUCUUGGGGCGAACAGGGCUACAUCAAGAUGGCGCGAAACCGCAACAACAACUGCGGCAUCGCCAGUAUCGCCUCCUACCCCCUCGUC